AUGAAUUCCUUUUUCAAAAACAGCAUUAUUAAUCAUUCUAAGGAGUUCACCUCCUCAGAGUUUUACCGGACAGUCACAAGAAAAAAUGGUUCUGAGAUCAUAACGGUGACCGGCGGCAAAAUCACACUUACCCAGCUCAACACAGACAAAAGCCCUCAAAUUGCUAUUGCAGAGGGAUUACCGUUUGAGCCUAUUGAAAUAUUGAUGAAUGAAUGUGAGCAACUGUUAUGUGCAUACGACCAAACAAAUUGUUGGUUAUUUUCACUAAAUAAAGAAGGAACCUCAAUUAGAUUUACUGUGACGUACAAGGUCAAGCUUGAUUUGGCUGAAAAUGAAACAGUUUUACAAGUCGUUUUUAACAACAUAAGUAAAUAUCAGUCUGAGAUAGUUGUGUUGACCACAACCGAAAUCAGAGCUUACAAUACAAAUUUAUCUCUUAAAUCUCCAGUCAUCCGUUACAACUUCAAGAAAGAGUACGAAAAGAACAUAUCAUCAAAUACUUACGAUAUUAGUGACCCAAUAAUUGAUCCAGUUUCGAUAUGUUUUGCUUCAUGUCCACCUAAUUCAGUAUUUGAGUUUGAAGAUGCAGGAUAUUUCUCGGGUAACACUCCACAGAACGAUUUGACACUAUUUCUAUUGACUUCGGAUGCAUCUGUUUAUCAAAUUUUCCCAUUUUUCCCCUAUGAGUUGUCCGCCUCCAAAGAAUGGCUUGGAGAUUUAUUUGAUUCAACAUCAAUACUUUUCAAAUCCAAAUCAGAUAGCAUUGAACAAUUUGAGAUGAUGGCUUCUGUCAAAGUAUCAGCAUUGUUAUCAAAAGCUUCAAACCCAGCUAGCAUUGAAAUCAGCGAUGCCUUACCAUCGAUUUAUCGUAAGGGAAAAAUCACGGGACCAUUAUCAAUGGAAUCAUUUCCUGAGGAUUUAUAUGUUUCUGAAGCUAUUAAACUUUUGAGUCUACCUAACGACUUACUUAUCAUUGUUUUCAAUCACACUGUGGUUGUCUUCAACAGGAAUUCAAAGGCAACAAUGAUUUUUGAAGACCAGAAAAUCGAAACAAGAGACAGCUUUCUUUUGCUAGAUUCAAUAAUAUUUAAUAAAAAUGAGGGAGAUGUAUUUACCGCUAUGGUGCAUCCAGUGACACGUGAUUCUGUGUUUGUAGUCAGUUCCAACGGCUCACUUAUUCAAGUUGAUUUUUCUAAGUGGAUUGAGCCCUUAACUGCAGGAUUGAACACUGGUGAUUUAUCAGAAUUUAAUAAAUUAUGUCAAACUGGAAAUUUACCAACAGAAGUCAUAACAUUAGGCAAAAUGCAUUUGUCAAAGGAGAAACCUUUGACUUCUCGACUCACACUUAGGACUCAUGAAAACAGCAUUUGGUUUUCAUGGAAUACUCGAGAUGUGUAUGCCAUGGUAAUCAAAGCUAACACUUUAGAUAUAUUAUCCAUGUUUUUAGUUAGUACUUCCAAGGCAUCAACUACAGAGGCAGCAGAUUUUGCCGAAACACAAAAUGAAAAGAUAAGCGGUAACGAAAAGGACAAAAAAAGCUAUAAAUCUUUACUCUUAGGUAACUACGAGAAAGAUGUAAUGCCACUUAUAAAAGGAUCUCUGGCUAAAAUCACUGAGAUAAACAGUGCUAUGCAGAAGUUUCCAUCAACAAUUUUAAAUGAGCAGAAUACCACGGCUUCAGAACUCAAGACGGUUCAUGAGUUAUCAGAGCUAGCUACCUCAGGACAGUUGAUACUUUUUAGAAUACUUUCCAUAAUAACUGACAGACUCCGUUUGAUGACCAAUGAGUAUCACAACCAAAUAAAUACCUACCAUCAGAUUAUGCUUCAGAAAGAAGCUGUUGUAGGAAAGUUUUUGAGACUCAAGGGAGUAUAUUUGGAUUCAAUUGAGAGACAAAAGAAAUUAAACGCUAGAAUGGUGAAUGUUAUGUCCAGUGUAGAAAAAUUGGAAUCGACUAAAAACAUGACAAAUGUGAGUAUCUCCUAUCAAGAAAAUGCGUACUUCAAAGAGUUAGCACGGAUCAGAGAUUUUACUGUCAAGAAAGAAUCAGAACUGGAAGAAGUAGAAUUUUUGUUGACAAAUAUAAAAAAUGCAGAAAAAAGUGUUUUAACGGAAAACAAAGAAGUCAUAUUAAAGAAUUUUGAAAGUAGAAGAAUUCUGGAGAAACUCAAGCUGCAACUUGAAACUCAAGAUAAAUUCGUAGAAUAUUUGGUAAGUCUUCUGAGAAAUUUCAAUAUCGAUUAA